AUGCUUAGCUGCCUUCUAGCUGCUUUUUAUCAAUUCGCACUAUUCUUCUUCUAUUUCUUCUAUUUCCUUUUCAAAGGGAAACCAGAAUGGCAAAAAAUUGGAAAUGCUGAACGCUGUACAACGAACAAUUGCUGCUUGCACAAUCCGAAAGUGCAAACGGAUACCUCAUCAUCCGCUAAUUUCAAUACAGCUGAACAUUUUCAAGCCACCGAUAAAAACACCAAUAAUAUCAAAACGGAAGUUAGCUGGCGAGGAAAUAAACGAACAACAACAACAACAACAACAACAACAGCAACAACAUCAAAUUAUCAAAUGUCUCAAAAAAUGAAUUCAUAUCAACAGUUAAGCAAACAGUAUGCUAACAAAAUGGCACGAACGUUUCAAAAUUUGUGUAACGCUUUUUACAGUAUCCUGGAACGUAUUAGUACUAUUAUAAUGCAUUUCAUCGUAUGGCUUUAUUCGAUUAUCUACGAAUGUCUUGUUAGGUUAGGAACUUCAAUAAAAAUUUCUGGAACUCCAACAGGAAGUAUUCAUAACCAGAAACAAUUCCAAAAAACUAUUGUUGAAACAACUAGUGAAAAAAUUCAAGCAGAAUUACAACAACGUAAUAACCAACAAGAACAACAGCAACAACAACAACUACUACAACAAUCUUUUUCAACAGAAUUACUUUCCUCAAAAAUUUUUUAUAAGCAAUCAAUUAUCCAACCGAUAGAACUUCAUUUUAGAAAACAAAUCCAUACGAAUGAUUUUAACAAGCCUACUUUAGGAGAUCCAGAUGUUUCUGUUUCAGUGUUACCCCAGGCGCCAUUAUUACCACCUGUUUCUCUACCGGCUUUUAAAUUAUCAACAUCGGCAACAAAUACAAAAGAUGUUGAGAAAGUACCACCAAAAGGUGGUGUUGCUGUUUUGCCACUUGAUAUUAUGGCUGAAGCUCAUGCUCGAAUCAAAGAGCGUGAACAAAAAACCCAAUCACAAGAGAAUAACGAGAUGAAUACAGAAUGGACAGUGACAAGUAAAAGAUUUAUACCAGUCAAAUGGCCAGCGUCAAAGAUAGAAGAUAGAUUGAUAGUCGAGGAUAAAGCAAAUGAAGAUGGUGAAUCAUUGAAGUCAGCAAGAAAGAAUAUUGUUUCCAGGAUAAGUCGAUCAUCUGAUCAGGAUGCUCAAUUUAUUUUCCGUGCACCCACGCAUCACAAUAUAUUAUCAAAUCGAUUAUCGGAUGGUAAUUUUUUGAUGGGUAGAAGUGUUUUUACGCCAGUACGAGAAGCGGAAGAGAUGCGUGAUAGAGUAAAUCAACGGAUGACAGAGACUCCUUCGGAAAAUUUCUUCGGUUCACGCUUAAAUACUCCUUUAGAUGAUUUUUCUACUGCAUCACGCAUAAAUACGCCAUUCGAAGCAACCGCGAACUCACAUAUAACUUCAUAUUCAAGUUAUCCAGCUAGUCGUUCACGUUCACAAUCUCGAAUUCGUACUGUCUUCUCACCUCCGCCUAUUAACCAAAUACAUUCUCCGAGGAAAGAUGAAACCGGAAUAAAUAUGUUAAGACAACGUUCCAGAACCGUGGAACCUCGAUUAGCAGAGGGUACCGUAAGAGCUUUUACUAGGUAA